UACUUCUCUUUCUCUCUCCCCAGAACAAACCCUCCUCCUCCUCCUCCUCCCCUUGAGUGGGGGAAAAAAAAACGUUUCUCUGAUAAAACCAGGCUGGGCAUAGCUUGCUUGCUUGCACUCUGAUGGAAACCAAAACGCACGUCGCUCUCGUCUCAAUCCCAGCGUUUAGCCACCAAGUCUCAAUUCUGGAGUUUGCGAAGCGUCUCGUUCAUCACCACCCUGACUUCCACGUGACCUGCAUCAUCCCCACCAUCGGAUCUCCACCGUCGGCGUCCCUGCCCUUCCUCCGAGCUCUUCCUCCAUCCAUAGAUCACGUCUUCCUUCCUCCCGUGAGCUCCCAUGACCUCCUUGCGGAAACGACGUCGCUUCAAGUCCAGCUUCAACUCGCCGUCUCUCGCUCCAUCCCCCUCGUGCGGGAAGCCUUGAGCUCCCUCGUCGCGUCGACGAAGAACCUCGCCGCCAUGGUCGUUGACCCCUUUGCGAAUGAAGUUAUUCAGGUGGCGAGGGAGUUGAACAUCUUGUCGUACAUUUACUUCCCUUCGUCAGCCAUGUUGCUCUCGCUGUGUCUAUAUUCAUCGAAGCUGGACGAGAAGGUCGUCGUUACAAACUGUGAGUUCCGAGAGCUUCCGGGAUUGAUAGAGAUUCCAGGUUGCGUUCCGGUACGAGGCAUAGAUCUCCCAGAUAAUCUUCAAGAUCGAACAGAUCUUGCUUACAAGCAGUUUCUGCAACGAUGCAAACGGUACCGUUUGGCUGAUGGUUUCUUGGUUAAUAGCUUCGUUGAGAUGGAAGCUGGUCCCUUAAAAUCGUUGCAGGAGGAAGGAUCCUUCCAGGUGAAGCAUCUUGCGUCGCAGGAUGAAGAAGCUCCUAAUGUAUAUCCAGUUGGACCAAUCAUACAAACCGGGCCAACCAAUCAGGCAAGCGGGUCGGAUUGUUUGAGAUGGUUGGAUCUUCAACCACGUAACUCCGUUCUGUACAUUUCCUUCGGAAGCGGUGGGUCCCUCUCAGAAGACCAAAUCAACGAGCUAGCGUUAGGGCUAGAACUGAGCAACGUGAGGUUCUUAUGGGUCAACGUGAAGGCUCCAAGCAACAAAGCCUCAGCUUCUUACCUCAAAACGCCUGAGAAUGACCAUCUCGAGAGUUUCUUACCAAAAGGAUUUCUCGAGAGAACAAAAGAACGAGGUCUGGUUCUUACUUCCUGGGCCCCACAAGUGGAAGUUCUCGGCCAUGAAGCCACCGGAGCAUUCUUAACUCACUGUGGUUGGAACUCGGUGCUUGAGAGUGUCGUUAACGGAGUGCCGAUGAUUGCUUGGCCAUUGUUCGCCGAGCAGAGAACGAAUGCUGCUAUGCUGGUUGAUGGCUUGAAGGUGGCUGUGAGAUCAUCAUCACAGGUUGGUGAUGAUGAUGGGUUAGUGGAGAAGAAGGGAAUAGCAAAGGUGAUAAAGAGUGUGAUUGAAGGUAAAGAAGGGAAAGAAGUUCGCAGAAGAAUGAAGAAGCUGAAGAAUGCUGCUGCAGAUGCUGUAAUGGAGGAUGGAUCGUCCGCAAAGACAUUGUCGAGUUUGACAAUGAAGUGGAAGAAGUUGAGAAGAGAAAUAUAGAAAAGUUAGUGAUCUUGUGUUUUGUUUUUCUUCAAUUAUGUCCUAGUUAAUCAUCUUUGUUUGCUUUAAUUUAUGCAAUUUUUUUUCUUUUUAUCGUGUUUCUUAUCCUUCUUUUUGUGGUUUUUUUUUAAUGAAAAAAAGUUUAGGUAAGUUAGUGGGGUUCACCAAAACUAGGGUAUAUUUUUGAAUUCAAAAAAUUUCUUAUAGAGAGAUGUAUUUAGAGAUUGCAUAUCAAUAAGGUUCUCACAUCAGCAACAAGAUUUGAUCUUGUGACAUUGGAUCAUGGGCCAAAUCCUUAUUAAGAGUA